AUGCGUCUCAUCCUACCACUUCAUGCAGGUCACAUCCCUUGUGAGAGCUCAAGCAUGAUGGAAGGAGAGGGGAAGAAGAGUGAAGAGAAGAAAGACGAUGGAGGAGCAGCUCUACAACCGUCACAACAUGAAGAACAAAAGGCCAAGGUGGUAUUUUGUUCAUCUUCUUCGUCGUCGUCGUUGUCUCCUACGCUUGAGCUCAACCUCAUCGAGUCGCUGGUCUCAGUACCCUCGGAGCCACCACCGGCGGAGGCAACAACCGAGUUGGAGCCGCGGGUAUUCCCCUGCAACUACUGCAGGCGGAGGUUCUACAGCUCGCAGGCCCUCGGCGGGCACCAGAACGCGCACAAGCGCGAGCGCACCCUGGCAAAGCGUGGGAGCCACGGCGCAGGCUUUGGCGAAGCCAACUGCGGAUACGUACCGAGCAUGGCUUCGUUGCCGCUCCGAGGGACGUACGCCGGCAGGCCGCUCGGCAUACAGGCGCACUCGAUGGUCCACAAGCCGCACAAAGUGACGUCACCGCCGCUGGCCGCUGCGAUGUUCUACGGCCAACAUGGCUGGUCGAUUUCUCCGAUAAUUAGCCGUCGACCGGAGGUAGGACGCAUCUCCACGGAGGUCAUCCAUGCCACAACAAUACCUCCGCCGGUGCAGCUCAACGACCCCGCCGCCGCCGCCGCCGCCGCCGCUGCUGAAAUGAUUCAAGAGGUUGGUGGUAAUCUUCUGACCAGUAGGCGAGAGAAGUUGCCUAAGCUUGACUUGUCCCUCAAGCUCUAG